AUGGCGACACCUACGUCACGACCGUCAAGUAUUGCUAUCGAUGACGCGAGUGACGGGACAUUAUACGCACCAACGUCACCAGUUGCAGCUACGAUUGACCUUUCUCUCUCUCCCCCACAUUUGAAUGAAGAGGUUGAAGAUUGUAACUUGGCAUCCGCUUCGAAACUGAUUCCAUUGUCCAUGACAGACUCAGUCAGUGGAGAACGUCCUUUACCAUCGCUACACUCUCCACUAGUGUAUCGUGAUGUUGUAUUUGCUGCAAUCUUUAUGGUACAUCUGAUUCUGAUGCUCGUCGUAACUGGCAGUAUUCGUGCGGAUGGUGGUAUACGACAGGGACAUGAGAACGAACGCAAGGACAUUGUCGGUGAUUUACAGACUUCACGUGACAAUGACUCGAGCUUGGACGAAGCAGAUGUUGGUGUAGUGUUACGCUCGCUCAGUGUUGUCAAUGUACUGUUUGCAAUGGGCUGGCUCUUGGUGUUUCUGUUCUAUUCCAAGCUUCGAUUCGUACAAGGCUCGUGUAUUUUUUCCAUAACGGGACUCUUGGCACUUGCAAUGAUGCUAUUUCUAUUGGAUUCCAACGAUGGAAUCUUUUGGGGAAUCAUAUGUGCGGGUGUUGUCGUGCUGGAAUUGGUGUGGUACGUCCGUUCCAAUCAUAAUCUGGACUUUGUCGCAGUGUUCUUUGAACUGGUCGUGGACUUUCUUGUGGCACAUCCGGCUCUUGGCUAUGCGACAAUUGCUACACUGAUUGCGUAUACAGUGUGGGCUAGUUGGAUUUGUACAACAAUUGGAUAUAUUGGUCGGGAUGUCUCGCCCUGGAGUUUCGCCAUGAUUUAUUUGGUUUUCCAUUUCUACUGGAUGUCAAAUGUGUUCAAGAAUAUUAUCACAAUUGUUGCCUCAGGCACGACUAUGAUCUGGUACUACCACAAUGAGUCAACCGAGAUCUCGCCUGAUGUUGUUUGUGAAAACGUUGCAGACCAUGACACACUGAGUGAUGACACCACUGGCGAAACACAAGAGCAAAAUGGAGAGCAUCUUGACCGGAAGGUGGUGUUGCACUAUGUACGCUGCGCAUUGUCGAGCUCGUUUGGAUCAAUUUGUAUCGGCUCGCUGUUGUGUCCACUGGCACAUGUAGUCUGGAAUGCUCUGCGCUGGGCUCGACGAGACGAGUCAGUGUUGUCACAGCGAUUCAUCUCGCUUCGUUCGGAGCGAGUGGAGCACUUUAUUCGCACGUACCACAAGUACUCUUUUGUGCACAUUGCUGGCUAUAACAAGCCGUAUUAUGUAGCAGCGCAUGACGCAUGGAAGUUGAUCGAACAUCACGGCGUUGAGGCAAUUGUAGAUGACGAUUUGACUAGCCGCAUUUUGCUGCUAGGUGGUAAUGGCUGGGCAGGUGUCAUGAGCGCACUGACUGCGUCAGCAUUGCGUGGUGCAUCAUCGCACGCGAUCUUCUUUACACUAGCAUCAUUCACACUCUGCUACACGACCAUCUCCCUGGCCACGCAAGUAACUGCAGCUGUUAUCAAGACGUUAUUUGUGUGCUUUGCAGAGAACCCGGAACGACUGAGUCAACUGCAUCCACUCAUUUACCACCGGUUUGUACGACUGGCCGAACUCAAGAGUUUUCGUGAUCACAAGGCACCAGCCAGUACUCGUGCAUAG